AUGUCACCGCAGCCUCCGCCGCAGAACGCUGGUGAGCAUCUUUUCCUGGAACUAACUCUGCGACAUACCAGACGCAAUUUUGGUGGCAUGGACCAUGACAGGCUUCGUGAGGACGCCGGCAGCAUUGACUGGUCUGAGCUACUUGCUGCUGAGGGAAUUGAUGAUAAAAUCGGGGUGUUUAGCAAAAAGCUCAACGAAUUGUAUGAUGUUCAUGCCCCAAUCCGACCUGUAAAAAUGAAACAUAUACCAGCGCCGUGGCUAACAGACGAGAUCAGAGUUAUGAUUCACAGAAAGGCAGCAGCGAAAGCCAAAUUUAAACAUCAACCAACUCCAGUGAACCGUAAUGAGUACAUUGCAGCUCGUAAUCGGAGCAACAGGAUGUGUAGGGAUGCUCAACGCCGCCAUAUUCAUGAGUCUGUAGAAAAUGGUGACCCAGCCAAGGGACAUAGUACCACUACGGCUCUAGUCCAAAUCACCGACGACAUACGAUCCGGUAUUGAAAACGGUAAUUUAACUCUCCUCACCUUGCUAGAUUUUAGCAACGCUUUCAAUACCGUGGAUUUCGAUAUACUGCUUGGAAUACUGAGCUCUCUCAACAUAUCUCCAACUGUGAUUGAUUUCUUUCGUAGUUACCUGUGUGGCCGCCGGCAGCGUGUUGCCGUCGAGGGUUCAUACUCUUCCUGGUCUGAUACGGCUGCUGGCGUACCACAGGGGGGCGUUCUUUCUCCUUUACUCUUCGCAAUUUUCAUAAAUUCUAUCUCUAACGAACUUCUCUCUUCCUACCACCUGUAUGCCGACGACCUGCAAAUUUACUCACAAGCACCUCCUGAUGAAUUUUCCGAAGCAGUCAAGAUGGUUAACACUGACUUGGCUCGUAUAUCCGAAUGGAGUACGGCUUACGGCCUAAAGGUGAAUCCCACGAAGACCCAGGUCAUUGUUGUCGGUGGCCCUCGUUUACGAUGCAAGAUUGCGUGGACACAGAUGCCACCCAUAGUUUUCGACGGUGCUACAAUACCAUAUAGUGGUACUGUAAAGGACUUGGGUAUUGUUUUGGACCAAGACUUUUGCUGGGGACCUCAACUAGGCACUGUCAGUCGGAAAAUGUUUGCAUCUGCGAAGUCUUUGUGCAGACUUCGGAACUUUCUUCCAACUGCUACUAAAAUUGCGCUAGCUCAAUCACUUCUCCUUCCCAUUCUCGAUUAUGCCGACGUCAGCUAUCCGGAUCUUACCGAAGCGCAGUUAGAUAAACUUGAGCGACUCCAAAACUUUAGUAUAAGGUUUAUAUUUGGAUUACGCAAAUAUGACCACAUUUCCGAAUAUCGUGCGAAACUCAAGUGGCUGCCGAUCCGCCUUCGCCGGAAUACUCAUAUCCUAUCUCUUCUAUACAAUAUACUGUUUAAUCCUGCUACCCCCCAUUACCUCAAGGAACGUUUCAGGUUCUGUCAUGACACACAUUCUAGACCAGUACGGUCAUCGGAGAGACUCAAGCUUGAGAUGCCUCAACAUGAAAGCAGAGCCUUUGACCAAUCUUUUACGGUUCGAGCCGUGCGACUGUGGAAUGCGUUACCACUCUCAGUAAGGCAGGCACAGUCGCUCGCUACUUUUAAGGUGCUCGUGAAGGAUCACUAUCUUUCCAAGCUGUAA